CCUAAUGCCACUGUUGGUAUAAAUGGUCGAUUUCGCUGGACAUGCAGCUUGCAAUAUUCUACUCCUUGUGUGCGUCAAAUUAAGAACUUUAUUACUGCGUCAUUUCUUUUUUUUGUACGCGAAUCAAUCGAAAAUUAAGCGAUGGCAGCUUUAGAAGCAGCUCUAUCCUUCGUUUCUGCCAACCUGUUGUCGAUAAUUUUAGCCCUCAUCGUUUGCUCCAUACUCUACGUCUCGUGUAUUGCCCCGUAUAGUAAAUCGCGGAUAAAAGAAGCUCUGGGCGAUGUCCCCGGACCAAACCAUCUCCCUUUUAUCGGUAACUUGAUGGACUCGAUCAAACAUGGCGGAGAUCUUCGUCUGCAGUUUAUAGAAUACACUCGCAAGUUCGGAAGAGUCUACGGGCUAAUCUUCUUUGGGACUCCUACUUUCGUUAUCAACGAUCCUGACAUUUUGAAAGAAGUGCUUGUCAAAGAGUUUCACAAGUUUCACGACCGAGCAGCUUUCAUGGUUCUACCUGAGCCAUUUGACAGUAUGCUGACUGUUGCCCGGGGUAAGACAUGGCACAGAGUGAGGACGACUGUGUCACCCAUCUUCAGCACUCACAAGAUGAAGAUGAUGUUGCCGCUGAUGAAUAGCUCAUGUGACGUCAUGAUGACCAAGCUGCAACAGGCGGCAGAGAGUGGAGAGUCAUUUAACAUGCACAAGUUAAGUCAAGGACUAACCAUGGAUUCCAUUCUCAAGACUGUCUUCGGUAUUGAAUCAGAGGCACAGCUGAACUAUAAUGACCCUGCAUUUGUGGCGGCCAGAUCAGCAGUUGAAGCAAGCACCUUUGAGAAGAUUUUACAGGGUAUUGUAGGAAUACUACCAAAGCCAUUGAUGGAUAUGUGCUGUGGUGUGUUCCUAAGCAACCUUAAAGACCUUGUAAAAAUAACAGAAAAAGUCAUUGCAGCAAAGAAAAUGCAACAAGAUCCAAAGCAAAAGGACAUGCUAGACUUGAUGUUGGAAGCAAUUGCAGAUGAUGAAACCAAAAGCAAGCACAUGACAGAAGCAGAGGUUGUUGCUCAGUGCCUUAUUUUCCUGAUUGCCGGCUAUGAGGGGACCAACACAACCCUCACCUUCGUCUGCUAUACCCUUGCAACAAACCCUGAUAUCCAGGAAAAGUUACAGCAAGAGAUAGACAGUGCCUGGACAGAUGAUGACCAAGUGCCGUCAUAUGACAUGGUGCACCAGCUGUCAUACCUGGACAUGGUGGUCUCAGAGACGCUCAGGAUGUACCCCCCAGCAUUCCUUCAAGCCCGUGAGGUUACUGAAGAUUGUGUUAUCAAAGACAUGAGGUUUCGUAAGGGAGUCUCCAUUAUCAUGGACAUCUACAGUCUGCACCAUGACCCAGAGCUGUGGCCUGAACCGGAAAGGUUUAUCCCUGAGCGAUUCACGGCUGAAGCUAAGCAGUCCCGCAACCCUUACGCGUACCUCCCAUUCAGUGCGGGACCAAGAAACUGCAUUGGGAUGCGUUUCUCUCUGAUGGAAAUCAAGCUAGCCCUGACGAGAAUCCUCAAGAAGUACAGCUUUGUGGUGACGAAAGACACCCAGACCCCACCCACCCUCAGGGCGGAUGCUGUGCUUAAUUGUGGUGGAAGUAUGAUACUUGGAGUAAGAUUUAGAGAGAUGGCAGGUGCGAUGGCAGCUUUAGAGGGAGCUCUAUCCUUCGUUUUUGCCAACCUGUUGUCGAUAAUUCUAGGCCUUAUCGUUUGCUUCGUACUCUACGUCUCGUGUAUUGCCCCGUACCGAAAAUCUCGGAUCAGAGAACUUCUCGGCGACAUCCCCGGGCCAAAACAGCUCCCUUUCAUCGGCACCUUGCUGGAUUCAAUCAAACAUGGUGGAGAUUUGCGCCAGCAGUUUGCAGAAUACUCCCGUCUUCACGGUAGAGUGUAUGGAUUGCUCUUCUUCGGCUCACCAACUGUUGUUAUCAACGACCCGGACAUCCUGAAGGAUGUGCUAGUCAAGGAGUUUCACUCGUUUCACGACCGACCGCUGCUGAUUUCGUUACCUGAGCCAUUUGACAGUAUGCUGACUGUUGCCCGGGGUGAGACAUGGCACAGAGUGAGGACGACUGUGUCACCCAUCUUCAGCACUCACAAGAUGAAGAUGAUGUUGCCGCUGAUGAAUAGCUCAUGUGACGUCAUGAUGACCAAGCUGCAACAGGCGGCAGAGAGUGGAGAGUCAUUUAACAUGCACAGGUUGAGUCAGGGUCUAACCAUGGACUCCAUUCUUAAGACUAUCUUCGGUAUUGAAUCAGAAGCACAGCUGAACUUUGAUGACCCUGCAUUUGUUGCAGCACGAGAAGCUGUAGAUGCAAGCACUUUUCGCAAGAUUUUACAAAGCAUCGUUGGGAUUUUACCCAGCCCUAUAAUGAAGCUGUGUUCUGGAGUGUUCCUUAGUAAUUUGAAUGACCUGGUAAAAAUCACUGAGAAAGUUAUUGAAGCCAAGAAAAAACAGCAAGAACCCAAAAGAAAGGACAUGCUGGACAUGAUGUUGGAAGCAAUUGCAGAAGGUGAAUCCAAGAGUAAACAUAUGACUGAGGCAGAGGUUGUAGCCCAGUGUCUGAUCUUCAUGCUUGCUGGAUACGAAGGAACCAACAGUGCUCUCACCUUUGUUUGUUAUAAUCUGGCCACAAACCCUGAUAUCCAGGAAAAGUUACAGCAGGAGAUAGACAGUGUCUGGACAGAUGAUGACCAGGUGCCGUCAUAUGACAUGGUGCACCAGCUGUCAUACCUGGACAUGGUGGUCUCAGAGACGCUCAGGAUGUACCCCCCAGCAUUUGUCCAGACCCGUGAGGUAACUCGGGACUGUAUCAUACAAGGAAGAAGGUUUCGUAAAGGCACUUCAAUUCUCAUGGACGUCUACAGUCUGCACCAUGACCCAGAACUGUGGCCUGAACCAGAAAGGUUCAACCCCGGGCGAUUCACGGCUGAAGCUAAGCAGUCCCGCAGCCCUUACGCGUACCUCCCGUUCGGCGCGGGACCGCGGAACUGCGUCGGGAUGCGUUUCUCUCUGAUGGAAAUCAAGCUAGCGCUGACGAGAAUCCUCAAGAAGUACAGCUUUGUGGUGACGAAAGACACCCAGACCCCACCCACCCUCAGGGCGGAUGCUGUGCUUAAUUGUGGUGGAAGUAUGAUACUUGGAGUAAGAUUUAGAGAGAUGACAGGUUGAGUCAUGUGCUUCUGAUAGACAUAUAGCGUGCGACAUGUUGACUAGUUUAGCCAGGCGACUUGCACUCAGAUCACAUGAAUUAUUGGGUGGCAAACUCGCGCGCGGUCCGGCUUUUGGCGGCAAAAUAACAAUCACAAAAAGCACCUUAUGCAGCGCUUUCUUCGUCAGAAAGGGUUUAUUUUCAAUGUGAGAUUUUUUGUGUUCUUUGGCGUAACUGGCGCAGUCAUUUCUGUGUUUAUUUUGGCUUGAAUUUGCCAUUCAAAAAGUCACGUCAGUAGCGGCUCUAGGGGGAAGGUUUAUGGGGUUAACCCCCCCCCCCCCCCCCCUUUGGGCUGCCAGAAAGCCAUAUGUAACAAAACAAUAACCCCUUUCCCCCUUUGUCACUUAGCCAAAACUCCCUUUAGCAAAAAGCUAGAUACGCCCCUGCUCAGUUAGUGGUGCAAGUCGGCUUUUGAGGCGAUAACAACGGUUCGAGACUAGAGACUAGAAGGGCAGAUUUACGUCACCGUCAUCUUUAGGUGCCUUAGCUCCAUAUGAGGCCAACAUAACCUUGUGACGAAGUGCUGGUUUGAGGGGCAGAAAUCAUACACAUGCUAUACUGACUUAGAGCCCAAGAAUUGGGCUUAUAGACUAAUAGAAAAAAAGAAAACAUAAAAAAUACAACCAACACAUCAAUCAGAAAGACCCCUUGGUAGAUUUCAAUCCUUAGCGAUCUCGUUCACGUUUUAUAUGAUAGAAAUAGAAUAUGAUUACAAUUAUUGAAAUUUAUGUAGCCUAUUUAAGACUUUUUAAGUCUUUUUAAAGACUUUUUUAAAGUUACCAAAAAAUAAAUACUUGAUUGUAUUAUAAAACGAAUUUCAAAAAAUAAAUACUUGA